AUGUAUACGGAGUUUAUUCAUGAAUAUAUUCUCAUGGGUCACAUGAAAGAAGUCAGAGAGAACGACAGUCAGAAUCACAGUUGUCAGAAUAAAAAUGCAGUAUAUUAUCUUCCACAUCACGCAGUGUUGAAACCGGACAGCACAACAACGAAACUACGUGUAGUUUUUGACGCUUCGUGCCGCACCUCAACCGGCAUUUCAUUAAAUGACGGGAUGAUGGUCGGCCCAACAGUUCAGAAUGAUCUGUUGUCCAUAAUCCUACGCUUCCGUCUGCAUCGAUACGCUAUCAGUGCAGAUGUUGAGAAGAUGUAUCGAAUGGUGAUGGUACAACAACCGGAUCAACACUUGCAACGAAUUUUGUGGAGAGAUUCGCCCAACGAAAACAUCAAAACGUAUAAACUGACGACCGUGACUUAUGGAACGGCUAGCGCUCCGUACCUUUCAACGAGGUGUCUAAGAAAGCUUGGAGAAGAUAGUGCAGCUACUCAUCCGAUAGGCUCUAAGGUAAUCAUCGAAGACUUUUAUGUCGAUGAUUGCCUCACUGGUGCCGAUAGUAUUGAAGAGGCCAAAACUUUGCUAAAGGAAACUGUGUUUCUCACCGAUUCAGCAGGUUUCAACUUGCGCAAGUUUAGUUCAAACUCGUUAGAAAUUUUGCAAACUCUGCCAAAACACGUCCGAAGCAAGAACUCAGUUUUUGAGUUUGAUUCCUCAUACGGGACAGUCAAAACACUUGGAUUGCAGUGGGAUACCGCAACAGACACAUUUUGCUUCAGCUCUAUUAAAUGGCGAUCAGUAACUUCGACGCUCACCAAAAGAGUAGUGCACUCUGAUGCGGCAUGUCUGUUCGAUCCCCUUGGUUUGGUCGGUCCAGUAGUUGUACAAGCAAAAAUAUUCAUCCAACAACUUUGGAGAAUCAAAUGCGACUGGGAUGAACCUCUUGAAGAACAGUUCUGUGAGUUUUGGAUCCAAUACAAGCAAAAUUUGUUAGUUCUGGAAGGGUUAUCAGUGCCAAGAUGGGUAGGAUUCAGCAACAAAUGCCUGUCAGUCCAAUUACAUGGCUUCUGCGACGCAUCCGAACUGGCUUAUGGGGCAUGUUUAUACCUGCGUUGUGUUCAUGCGGAUGACUCUAUAGCAGUACGCCUAUUGACUGCGAAAUCCCGUGUAGCUCCACUAGAAAAUUUAAAUCUUUCGAAGCGAAAAACUACAAUUCCACGGUUAGAGCUGGCAUCUGCUCUUACACUAAGUCAUCUGUAUGAAAAAUUCAUUUCAGUCUACCCGCAUAUCAAGGAUACUUAUCUGUGGACCGACUCAAUGAUAGUGAAGCAUUGGUUGGCUUCUCAUCCCUCUCGUUGGCAAGUUUUUGUUGCUAAUCGGGUUUCAGAAAUUCAACACAUAACGAAAAAUGCGAAAUGGAAUCACGUGGCUGGUAUUGAGAACCCCGCCGAUCUCAUAUCACGUGGAGCAUCCCCUAGGCAACUGCGUGAGAACACCUUAUGGUUUGAAGGUCCGAAAUGGUUAUCCCAGCAACAAGAGUCAUGGCCGGUUGAAAAUAAUACUACGUCAGAAGAGUUUGAACCGUCUGAACUUGAAGAAAAAACAUCUACUGCACUUGUGACCCACGAAGUUGAAACUAAUGAAAUCCUUAUACGUUAUUCUUCAUUUACAAAACUUGUUCGGAUAGUUGCAUUACUCAAGAGGUUUAGGCACAACGCGCAAAAAGCAAAUCGAACAGCGAAAUUGAUUGGACAUCUCAGCCAAUUCGAGUUAUUUAAGUCUACGGAAACAGUAGUUCAUCUAUCCCAGUUAGAAAGCUUUGCUUCCGAGUUUCAGGACCUUUCCAAGCACGGCGAAGUAAAGGCAAGUUCCAAAAUUGUUGGAUUAGGUCCCUAUUUUGAUCAAGGCACUAUUCGAGCUAAAGGUCGACUUCACAACGCACAAGUAUCCGAGUCGCGUAAACAUCCGUGGAUUCUAGAUCACCACCACCCACUGUCAGAGAUGAUUGUCAGGGAGUAUCAUCUCCGUCAGUUCCACGCUGGCCAACAACUGCUGAUCUCUUCGGUGAGAGAACGUUUUUGGCCCACUAACAUGUCCAGUUUAGCUCGAAAGGUUAUUCAUUCUUGCAUUCAAUGUUUCAAAUCAAAACCAAAGAUCACAGAACAACUUAUGGGCGACCUUCCAGCCGAAAGAGUGACUGAAGCUUCUGCCUUUCUGAGAGUUGGUGUGGACUAUUGUGGUCCAUUCCUUAUCAGCUAUCCCAACCGUCGAACCACACCGGUCAAAUGUUACGUUUCGAUAUUCGUUUGCUUGGUUACUAAAGCAGUCCAUCUAGAGCUUGUAAUGGACUUAACUACACAAGCCUUCAUAGCUGCACUUAGAAGGUUCAUCAGUAGACGGUCGAAACCAGAACUUAUUAUGUGCGAUAACGCAACAACCUUUGUUGGUGCCAGUAGAGAGCUUAAGGAAUUGGUUCAGAUGUUCCAUUGUCAGAGGUUUCAAGAGUCAGUUAUUAAAGAAUCAUCAGACGAAGGAAUCGAAUUCCGAUUCAUUCCCCCGCGAACACCCAAUUUUGGAGGGCUCUGGGAGGCUCAAGUAAAAGCGUUUAAAACACAUUUUAAAAAAUCGGUUGGCUUGCGCACACUCAAUGUGGAUGAAAUGCUUACCGCACUUGCGCAAAUAGAAGCUGUUUUGAAUUCUAGACCGUUGACACCCAUGUCUAGCGAUCCCUCGGAUUUUCGUGCCCUUACCCCAGGUCAUUUUCUGGUCCAACGUCCGCUCACAUCUGCUCCCGAUCGCGAUGUAACUGAUACAUCAACCAAUAGGUUGACUAUGUGGCAAAGAGCGCAGCAGUUAUCACAACAAUUUUGGCGGAAAUGGAGGACACAGUAUCUAUCAGAUCUUCAAAACAGAACGCGGUGGACCAAGCAACGUAACAACAUCAGGGAAGGUAUGAUGGUGCUAUUGAAAGAAGACAACGUUCCUCCACUUCGAUGGCCUUUAGGCCGUAUCACUCAGGUUACACGUGGCAAUGACGGUAACAUUCGCGUAGCGACAGUGCGCACGCAAGACGGAUCGUUUAAUCGGGGAAUCUCGAAAAUCUGUGUCCUACCCAUCAGAGACAACGAGACUGAUACAACAUCUCCCAACACUAUGCAUAACACAGAUUUGAAUCCAAUUCAAUCCACACAAUAA